AUGGCUUCAUACCCAACCUACUACCUCUUGACGGUAAUGGUCUUGGCGGCUGUCGUUCAGUCCCAUCUUCAUAUCAUCUACCCAGGCUCGCGCGGCGAGAAUCUCGUGAUCAACGGCACCGUAGCCGAAACCAAUGGGCUGUCGAUCGGCCUCGCCAACGGAACCGACAACCCCAUCUACCCCUAUGGCAUGCAAUGGCAAUACCCCUGCGGCGGGCUGCCCGUGGGCCAGAACCGGACCUCUUGGCCCGUCCGCGGCAACGGUAUCCUCUCGUUCCAAAUGGGUCUCCAAGCCGGCCAUUCCAAGGCCCUGCUCUACGUCAACAUGGGCCUGGGAUCCCUCCCCCCGAACCAUAGCCUCGUCAUGGUCCCCGUGUUCAAUAUUGACGGCCCGACCAAUGCCGAGUAUCACGACAGCAUCUGCCUCGACCACGUGCCGCUGCCGGCAAAUGUCACGGUGAACCCGGGGGAUAAUGCCACGAUUCAGAUAGUCCAGGCGGCCAAGCAUGGAGCUGCCUUGUAUAACUGCGUCGACGUUACCUUUGUCGAUAAUCUCGAGACCCCGUCGCUGGACAGUAUCGGCUGCUCCAAUUCCACGGGCAUACACUUCAGCGCCGUCUCGACGAAUGCUCCCCGACGCUGGGGCUGGUACAACUACGGCCAGAUGAUUGGGCUCGGACUCGGCCUGGGCUUGCCGCUCUUUAUCGCCGUGGUCGUGCUGUCUUGUCUUCUCGCCAGGGCUCGAAAGCAACUCAGGACGCGUGAGAAGUUGCCCGGUUGA